AGCAGCAGCGUUAGCUUGAGCUUUUCCAGCUAGCAGCAGUGUCUGAGCUGAAUGCUUCAGGAGUUUCAGCAGCCAUGUCUUCAGUUCAGCAUCUGAGAGAGUUCAUCAGCGAGCGCCUAGCUGCUGCUGCUGAGGAAAUAUUCUCCCAGUUUGAGAAAACCAUCGAAGAAGAGCUGGAAGCUCAGCGCAGACUGCUGGAUGUCAGCUGGGAUCCGCGGAUCCGGCUGCGCAGAGUCACCGAACUCCCACAGCAACAUGUUUAUAAGAAGGAGAAGGUUCUGGUGGAUCAUCAACUCUGUAACCAGAAGAACAACUGCAGUCUGGACCAGAAGGAACCAGAACCUGUACCAGGGGCAGAGAGACACGUUGAAUUCUGGGCUUGGCACGAGGACCAGCAUCUUCUCCUGAAGAAGAACUCAGGUCCAGUCAGCGUGCAGAACAAGGUUCUGAACAGCCAACAGCUCAGUGACCAAGACAGGAACUCUAAUGUGGACCACACUGGAGUUUAUUUACAUAGCAAAUUUGACCAGGUGGACCAAGAACCUCUACAGAUCAAAGAGGACCAGGUGGACCCAGAACCUCUACAGAUCAAAGAGGACCAGAUUGACCUCUACUACAGUCCAGACCAGGAGCAGCUGGUUCUGAAGAAGGAAGGUGAUGUCUUCAUGGUUACAGUGGAUUGUGAGGAACGUGAUCAGGCUGAAGCAGAACAGAGCAGUUUGGUUCUGUCCUCUCAAAAAGUAGAAGGCAGUUUGGAUCCAGAUGGUAUUGGACCCUAUUCCUGCAGCACUUGUGGGGAAAGCUUCUCUGACCUUUCAUCUCUGAAGUUCCACCAACAAACUCACCAGGACGAGAAGCCGUACUCUUGCCAGACGUGUUUGAAAAGCUUCGGUCGGCGUGACAGCCUGUUGCGUCACAUGAUCACUCACACCGGAGAGCGACGGUACUCCUGUCAGAUCUGUGGAGACCGCUUCGGCCUGAACAGUCACCUGUUGCGUCACAUGAGAACUCACACAGGUGAGAAGCCUUUUUCAUGUCAGGUGUGUCUGAAAAGCUUCACCCAGAGCAACAGUCUGACGGAUCACAUGAGGAUCCACACGGGGGAGAAACCCUACUCCUGUAAGGAAUGUGGGAAGCGUUUCGUCCAGCGGGGGGCACUGAACGUCCACAUGAGGACUCACACCGGAGAGAAACCGUACUCCUGCAGCAUGUGUGGUAAAGGUUUCAGCCAGUGUAGUCAGGUCAAGGACCAUGUGAGAACUCACACAGGUGAGAGGCCAUACUCCUGUAGUGUUUGUGAAAAACGCUUCACUCAAAGCUGCCACCUGAAGACCCACAUUAGGAAUGUCCACAUGUAGGAGGUCUGAAACCUACAUGUUCUGGUUCUCAUUUCUAAAGCUUGCUUACACACAAAACAGUCUUGUCUCUCUCAUCUCCUUCCACCUAUCCGGGUCCGGGUUGUGGGGGCAGCAUCCCAGCUAGGGAGUUCCAGACUGUCCUCUGCCCGACCUCCUCCACCAGCUCCUCCAGCAGGACCCCGAUGCGCUCCUGGGCCUGUUUGGAGAUGUACUUUCUCCAAUGUGUCCUGGAUCGACCAGGGGGCCUCCUGCCGGCAGGACAUGCCUGAAACACUUCCCUGGGGAGGCGUCCAGGAGGCAUCCUAACAAGAUACCCAAACCACAUCAACUGACUCCUCUCGAUAUGGAGGAGCAGCGGCUCUACUCCGAGUCUCCCCCGAAUGUCCGAGCUCGUCACCCUUUCCCUGAGACUGAGCCCAGCCAACCAGCUGAGAAAACUAAUUUCAGCCACUUGUAUUCGUGAUGUUGUUCUUUAGUCAUCACCCAGAGCUCAUGACCAUAGAUGAGGACUGAGCGGUAGAUUGACCGGUAAAUCGAGAGCCUUGUUUUCCGGCUCAGCUCCUUCUUCUCCACAACAGACCGGUUCAGCAUCUGCGUCACUGCAGACGCUGCCCCAAUCCACCUGUCGAUCUCCCGCUCCCUCCUUCCCUCACUUGUGAACUAGACCCUGAGAUACUUGAACUCCUUCACUUGAGGCAGGACCUCUCUCCCGACCUGGAGUUGGCAAGCCGCCCUUUUCCAGUCGAGAACCAUGGUCUCAGACUUGGAGAUGCCGAUCCUCAUCCCAGCCGCUUCACACUUGGCUGUGAACCUUCACAGCAAGAGCUGAAGGUCAGAGCCUGAUGAAGCUAGGAGGACCACAUCAUCUGCAUAAAGCAGAGAGGAGAUUCUCCUGCCACCAAACUCCACACCCUCAACACCACAGCUGCACCUAGAAACCCUGUCCAUAAACAUUAUGAACGGACUGGUGACAAAGGGCAGCCCUGGCGGAGUCCAACCCUCACUGGGAACAGGUCCGACUUACCCCGGGUUUCCACGGGAGCCGUCAGCAGCACGUUACUGCAGCAGCACGUCUUGCUCGCGUAAGCUGCUGCUUGGCCCUUCCCACGAGACGCGAAUCAGCAGGGGAGCAGAUGUCACCGACAGAGCACGAAGUCACACGAGUGACUUCGUCAGUAAACACAACAACAAGCAGGAGAAAACUACAACAUGGCUCCAAAAUGUUUGUGUUUUUAUGUUCUGUCCGUUUUAUAAUCGCCAAUACGGACCUGAAAAACAAAGGAGACCGCUAGCUAGGUGAUAACUUCUCACGGGGCCACACAGUUAGUAACCUUUUUUAAAGUAAAGCGACCGGAAGGCAGUACGUUCUUUAUUCUGAAAAUCUCGGGAGCUUCUCUCCAUUUCCGCGUCCGAUUUCCUGUCUUUCCUUCCCCAAAAAUGUCGAACUUGACCCGUUUCAGAGGCGUCGCGCGUAGGAAAUAGAACCGGCGUGUAAAGGCCGCGACAUGCUGCUCCUGAGACGCGGCCGACUCGCGCUGCUGACGGCUGCCGACGGCUCCAGUGGAAAAGGUUCUGUUGACCACAGCGGUUCCUAUCAGCAGCUAUGACAUGCUGCUGCAGUAACGUGCUGCUGACGGCUGCUGUGGAAAGCCGGGGUUACUGUCUGCUAUGAGGACCAAACACACACGCCUCUGGUACAGGGACUGAAGGGCCCUUAGCAAAAGACCAUCCACCCCAUACUCCUGGAGUGCCUCCCCAGGGUGCCUCUGGAGACAAGGUUCCCCAAAUCCACAAAACGCAUGUGGAUUGGUUGGGCUAACUCCCAUGACCCCUCCAUCUCCCUAGCAAGGGUAAAGAGUUGGUUCACAUGUCCACGGCCAGGAUGAAAAUCCACAGUACUCCUCCUCUAUCUGAGGUUCAACUAUCAACCUCCUCUCCAGUACCUUGAAGUAGACCUUUCCCGGGAGGCCGAGGAGUGUGAUCCCCCUAUAGUUGAAACACACCCUCUGGUCCCACUUUUUAAAAAUUGGGAUCACCAAUCUGGUCUGUGACUCCAGAGGAACUGCCCCCGAUGACCACGCAAUGUUGCAGAGCCAUGUCAAGCAAGACAUUCCUACAACAUCCAAAGCCUUGAGAUACCUAGGUCGAAUCAUCCACCCUAGGGGCUCUGCCGCUGCUUAGCUGUUUGACUCCAUCAUCAACUUUUGCCCCAGAGAAGCCAAAACAGGCUCUGUCCUUUAAAUGUUAAUUCAGUCUUUGAGGAAUGUGAGGGUUAGAGUGGGGCCAGCAAACAAGUCUAUGGUUUCACAUAAAGCCAUUCUAUUUCUUCUGCCAUGGGGAAUAGGCAGACUAGACACAUCAUUGGCUGGUUCAAAACAGUGCACCUCAAGUCUCACAGUCUGCCAUACACACCAAUGGCAUGCAGAUAAUGCAGCAAACCUCCAUUACAGGAAUGUCUUCCCAAUUCAGCAGCAUAUUCAUAUUAAACACAGUCAUCCCCCUACUCUAAGGACCCUAGAAAGAGGUCUCCUCUGUGACAAGUACUUCAUACAAUGCAGAAGAAUAUGUGUCACCUUUUCUAAUUCACCUCAGUCACAUUUCCCAUCAGGAUGUUUCCUAAGACCACAUUGACCCAACCUCAGCCAUAGAAUCCCUCCUCCAACAACUAAACCAAGAUGCCUCCUACCAUAUGCUGAAGGCCAUAGAGGACCAUGCCUGUCCUCUUACCAGCAUAAGACUCCUGCCAGUGGUUGUCCAAUGAAAUUCAAAAGAGUGUUCCGGACAAUAGGGCUGAACGAUCUAUUGUUUUUGGGCCAAAGUUGCAAUUUUUAACAGAACGAUCACGUGACCAUCAAAGCUGCGGUUCUGACUGGUCCAGGAUCUGUUGUGUCAACAUUUUUUACUUCUGGGGUUUCCCCCUGUGUUACAGCGGCGGCAACAGCCAGCACGGGGGAGGGGGGUGGGGUGUACCGUCCCGGAGCCAAGCCCAAUUCCACAGCUGACCGAGCUGCAUGGUCAGGUUGUUUUCCCUGUUUUAUUUUUCCACACAGCGCUGCUAGAGCUGAUAAUAAUUGCACGGUAGGUGUGUGAGGGAGAGAGAGAGACUGUAGGUGUGGGAGAGAGAGAGAGAUUGUAGGUGUGUGAGGGAGAGAGAGAGAGAGCGAGUGAGACUAUAGCAGACUGAGGGAGAGAGAUCGACUAGGUGUGUGAGGGAGAGUGAGAUUGUAGGUGUGUGAGGGUGUGUGCUGGAAAUCUGUGCAUUAUUGUUAUUUAAUACAUCUGAAAGCUGUUUCUACCUUCAGAUUCAAUCCUUUUAUUUCUGGAGUAGAUCACAAACAUGUUUUUUAUAAAGCACCUCUCUAGAUAAAAAUCGUUGCUUCACAAACACGUUAAAAAAUAAAAAUAUAAUAAUGGGAGAACAUAUAAACAGCUUUAACUGUUUUUAUUAUAUGAUUAGAUAGUAAAUAUUCAUGUGAAUGAUUUGUUGUACUAGAUUAGAGUCUAAACCAUCUUUUGACUAAUAUACAGGAUGGCUUGGUAGGCUAGUGGUGUACCUUUGUUUGAAGAAAAUUGUGAAUUGAACUGAAACCGCAAUUUCUUCUACAAAAAUCGCAAUUCAGUCUUUUCCUAAAAUCGUUUAGCCCUAGCUUGUACAAUAAUAAUUUUGCAGAAAACACUUCAUUUUGAGCUGUCAUCAUCACUUGAUUCCUAAGUCGCAGUUUAAUCUAUCUAGUUUCCAACAGCAUCGCUGCCAUUUCCAGCAGCAGAGCUGGUAUCAGGGACGCCUGAAAGGCGCCACUACAUGCCCUUAUAGCCUUUACCUGGACUACAUCCAACGCUUUCACAUUCAUAGUGUCUGCAGACCCAUACAACAAGCAUCCUAACCCAGAAACAGAUCUAGUGAUUGUCCUAUACACUAUUAUUAAUGGGUCUCUAUCACCCCCACCCCAAUCCGUGAAGGCUAAAUACCUCAGAACAUUGAGAACCCUUCCACACCACAGAUAUUUAAAGCUAGAAACUCAAUUUCAUUUGCACCUAUCUGUCCGGAUCUUUUUUGUUACUCUUAUUUUUGAACACCAACUACUUUGUCUUAUCUGUAGAAAGCAUAAAACCCCAGUGUCUAGUCCAAUCCACCAGUCUGUCCAGACAGUCCUGUAUCUUCUGAAUAUGUGCUCAAGAUUUCUUUCCCACCUCCAAAUUGCUCCAUUAUCUGCAAACAGCUAUUUCCCAAUGUCUACUCAGCGAGCUAAACAAGCCAUUAAUCAGGACAUUAAAAGGAUGGGGCUAAUAACACAGCCUUGAGGAAUGCCAUUCUCACCCCUACCGACGCAGACGGGAUAGACCCAACUCUCACCUGAAUAGUCCUUCCAUUUAGGAAGUCCUGAAUCCAAUUUCAAAUUCUCCUGCUUAUCCCUACCUCAUAUUUAGGAAUCAACGCCAUUCUCCCCACAGCAUAUCAUAAACCUUCUUCAUAUGGUAAAUGGCUGGGUAUAGCACCUUCUAGGGUUCUAGAACCCACCAAGGCACUUCACAUCACAUCCAGUCAUUUGCACACACACAUUCACACGCUGGUGGUGAUGAGUUACACUGUGGUCACAUCUGCCCUAGGGAACACUGGCACCAUACUUCCAUCCGAUCAUCACCAGCAGUCAAGGCGGGUUAGGCUUCUUGCCCAAGGACUCGAUUUCCUCCAGUUACAAGAUGGGCAUUUAAUUACUUUGACAGUGUUGUCCCAUCGCUCAAUGAGCAAAGCUAAAAUUUCUUCCUUAUUCGCUAUCAUCUCUAACAUCCAGAUCCAAGCGCACAACUGCAUCCAUUAUAGGGCAACCUUGCCUGAACACAGUCUGAUAGGGCACAAAGUAACCUCGCUCCUCUAGAAUGUACACUAACUUAAUAAUUUGACAUACCACUGACAUUGGGUCUAUGGGUCUACAUCAGGCAUGUGGAACCCUGGUCCUCAAGGGCUGGUAUCCUGCAUGUCUUUGCUCCAACAAUUCUGAUUCAGUGGUUGCUCAUCAAGCAGCUCAUCAAGCUCUGCAGAAGCCUGUUAAUCACCUACUGAUUAAAAUCAGAUGUGCUGAAGCAGAGUUGAAACCAAGAUAUGCUGGAUAGCAGCCCUCGAUAGACCUGGGUUCCCCACCCCUGGUCUACAUGAACCUGGAUCAUUAGGUUUCCUCCCUGGCUUCAAAUUAGGGGUUUUUAUUGCAUGUUUCCUUUCAGAAGGUAAAUGACCAGACUCUUGCAUGCCAUUUAUCACUGACACAACCUCCUCGGAAGUGAAGGUAAAUGUGGGUUUAGAGGUGGCGAGUGCAUGAAGAGAUGGAGGAGGAUGAGGGACAAAUUUGUCCGUGUUAUAAAGUCUCUUAUAUACAUAAACACAAUAUAAACACGAUUAAAUAUACUAUUUUGGACUGAAUACAUGACAGGAUACCACAGAAAAGCGCUGCGCCCUCUGCUGUCCUGGAGGGGAAAUGCUUUGCAGCACUCCCAGGAGAUGAGCGCUUCUGUCUAUCGGUGUUUGUCUCUCCCUGGUGGAGCUGACGCAGAAGCAUACACCAAGCAGAGGGAGACAGAGCAGACAUGAGGAGUCUGUGCAGCUCAGAGUCUGCCGAGGAGCGUAACAACUACGCAGUUCCCUGACAGAGAUUAGUAAAGGUCAUGUGAAGCUGAGUGGUGUCAAUGUGAGAGCCCCAGUGUACCUGGUAAACGCUACAGUCUAUUCUAAAUUCAUAUCCCUGCAACUGUGUCUGGUGCAUCCUGGGAUUCUUCCUCUACCUUCACGUCUUAACAGGAAUGUGCGGUUUAUCCAGCUCGCUCUACCUGUGUUUGAAUCAGGCACAUUUAACUUUAACUUCAUUGCAGCUCAACUGUUUCAACGUGGCUUCUAUCUGUUUCAUGAAGUUUAUGUUUCAUAUCUAUUUAAAUGUUUUAAUGUCACCUGUUGUUUUAUAUUGUGGUUAUUUGCCUGAUUGCAUUUUAAAGGAAAUGUGAGAUUUUGCAGGAUGUUCUGAGUUCAAGGUUCUGUUAAAUAAAGUUUGAUACUGGA